AUGUCGAAGAUCAGGAACUCGAUCAUCUGGCGCUUAUUCGCGCUGCUUCUAUGCUGCUCCAAAGUCAGAAGUGACUGGGUGCUCGAUGUCACCGCGUGGAAAGAUGUACCAGAUAAUGUAGCUGGCUUUAAGCCCCGAUCCAAUAUGCCAAUGGCAUUCGAUAGCGGUUGGAUCAUAGACUUCGUCCUCCCAAAACCAGACGCUUCAGACGGAGCGAAAGAUAAGGAGUCCCAGAAACCAAAAGGCCCGGAGGCGGUCGCUUUUCAUAUCGAACAAAACAAGGUCGAUUCGGCAUCUUCUGCUUGCGGCUCUAUCCUUCACGAAAUCGGCAAUCUUAUCCCAAUAGCGCUGGAAAAUGUCAUGAAUGGUCUCUAUCGUCCCAUUAAUCCCGCGAAAGAACGCCCGGGAUUUUCAACCUAUUACAUAUCUGACAAAGCAAAGAAACUUGGCUCACGAUUUGUGGACUUCAAUCCAUUUACUACGACUCCGGCUGGGGCUGCAAGGACCGAUUAUGUCAAUGAAUUCCCUCCCCCUAAUGUCGACUCCAUAUCUAUCAUCAUCAGUGACUACGAUUUCAAGCGGAUUAGUCUUUCAGCAGUAAGCAGUGUCGAGCCAUUGAACUCGGCGAGUCCUUCCAAGCGGACAUUGUUUCUCAAUCUUGACUGGCUUCGGGAGAGCUGGGAAAGUCCACUCCCUUGGCAAACACCAGCAGUACGACGACGUAUACUAUUGGAGCUUCUCACGCACGAUUUCGCGAACAUAUACCAAUACACAAGGCCUGAUUAUCUAAAUGUCAAGAAUAAUCAGAACAAUCCUCCACCUAAGGCACUCAUAGAAGGAAUUGCGAAAUUCGUGACUCUUCAGGCCGAUCUGGCGUGGCAGGGAGUCAAGACACCGGAUUUACUUGGAGACCUGCCUGCUGCGUGGGAUAUGAAUUCUGAGCACACGGCGUACUUUUUGCUAUGGGUUGAAAACGUGAAGUAUGGAAAGGGAUCAAUUGCCCGUCUGAACGAUAAGAUCUCAAAAACGUAUUACUGGGGAAGAGAGAAAGAUCGCUGGCUAAUGACUCAGGAGGAUAAUGGAGCUGGGUUUUGGAAUGACCUUUUUGGAAUGAACGUCGAUUCCCUUUGGGAAGAGUAUGUUUCCUACGUCGACAAGGAAGGUUAUUUGAGUCCCUUGAAGUGGGCUUCAUAUUCGAUUCAAUCAAUCACGACAUCACCUCAGAAUACUUUUAAAUGGCUUCGGCGAAUCUUCUUUACCAUCUGGAGGAAGUUUACCUAUUGGAAACGGUUCGCAUUUACCGUGCUUCAUCUUGUAUUCAGGGGCAGCUCCGGCUAUAUGGCCAUGCUCGUUUUGCCGCUUUUUUUCACUGCCAUCACCUUGCCUAUUUAUAAGUUGGCAUACGAUCGUAUUCGCAGGUCGAGACCUAGUGUCGGUGCCCCCAUAUCGGCAUUCUCUGCUGGUGUAUCGUUAUUGAUCUCUGGUUUGUUUCGGGGAUGGCAUGGUGUGAGGUUACUCGGUUCAGGCAUGUGGGUGUGCGUAUCUGGGAUUUUGUUCAUGUUUUGGCACACGGUAGCUGCUUUACUUCGGAUUGAACAAAGGUUAUAUUCGUUCGUAUCAUGGGCCUUUGAUGCUGUCCCCACUUGGUUCGGUCGUCGUUUGGUAUCAUUGGUCUGGCUCUUUCUGUCCAAGGGAAUUUGGUUAUGGAUUUGGUUAUGGAUGGGUUCGCUUUGGGCUAUUUUCAUUAUUCUUCUACAUACUCCGGCGUCUUUGAUCAGAGCAGGCGUGUCCUGGAUGAUCUCGGUAACAUCUGCCAACUCGGAGUUAUACUUCCCUGACCCCUCUCUUGAGCCUAGUUCCCCUCUCCCACCUCGCAAUGAUUCUUAUCCAUCAUCUCCUUCUUCUUCGAUGCCUACGCCAACGAUCCCUCGAGGUCGACAGAUACGUUCUUCCUCUCCACCCUCAUCCCCAUCUGCUGCACCUUCACCUGUCAUCACCCUUCCACCUUCUCCAGGCCCUGACCUUACCACUUCACCCACUGCUUAUUACCCUGAUCUCCCUAUCCCCAGCACAGAGCCCACUUCAUGGGACUACGACACCUCUUACCGAUCACCGUCUCCUCCGACCGAGAUCUUCGUUCUUCAAGACAAAGAGGUACAGAUACAAGAGCAGGGGGAAGAGCAGGAGGAAGAUGAAUACCGGAUAGAAGAAAUUCUGCGAUCACGAAAGUAUGGAAAGAAACUGAAAUACCGCGUGAAAUGGUAUGGCAAGCCUGCAGAUCAGAAAUGGUAUGAUGCCGGAGAUCUUCGAUAUCAGCCACACAUGCUGCAAGAUUUUCAUGCAGCGAAUCCCGAUCAGGUCGGGCCUCCGGUGCGACUGUUGGAUUGGCUUCAUGCUGCUGAGAAUGGCGUGGAGCCUCGAACUCAUCCUGACGAUAAUAUGGCUCGCAAAUAA